AUGGCCCGAGUUCUUAGGUGGUUGAUGCCGCUUCUCUUCUGUUUCUGUACCCAGAGUUUCCUCCAGAGGCAGACUCAGGGGGACCCACCGAGCACAGCGACGCACUCUAGUGAUGCCUGGUUCCAGCAAAAGCUCGACCAUUUUAGCAAAAAACGAUCACGAUUCUGGCAACAGAGAUAUUAUAUGAAUGAUGCCUUCUACAAACGUGGAGGCCCAGUGUUUCUGAUGACUGGAGGACCUGUGGCUGCCAAUAUUGACUGGAUAUCACAGAAAUACACUUGGAUGGUAUAUGCUGAGAGACUGGGCGCCCUCUGCUUCUUUCUGGAACACAGAUUUUAUGGACAAAGCCAACCAACAGGAGAUCUGAGUACCUCCAGCCUUCAGUACCUCAGUAGCAGGCAAGCCUUGGCUGACAUCGCCUACUUCCGAACUAAAAUAGCAAAGGAAAUGGGGCUGAGUAAAAAUAAGUGGGUCACAUUUGGUGGUUUUUAUGGAGGCUCCCUUGCAGUGUGGUCAAGAAUAAAACACCCCAAACUCUUUGCUGCAGCAGUGGGCAGCAGUGCCCCGAUCAAAGCAAAAUUGGAUUUUUAUGAGUACUUUGAAACAAUUCACAGAACUCUCAAGAAGCAUAAAAGGAUGUGUUCAGUAGGAGUGAAAAAGGCUUUAACUGUAAUUGUAAAGAUGCUGAAGACUCCACAAAACUACAGUAAACUGGAAGAUGACUUCAAAUUAUGUAAACCUCUUAAAAUUAGUUCAGUAAUGGACAGAACCUUUUUCCUGGAUGCUCUGAUAAAAAUGGUUGCAUACGUUGUUCAGAAUAAUGGUGAUAAUAAACUGAUUAAGGUGGAACAGAAUGGCAUCACCAUUGAUGGCUUUUGUGACGUGAUGACUAACAGAUCACUGGGUUCAUCAUAUUAUAGAUAUGCAAAAUUUGAAAAUAUGAUGCUGAAAAAUCGAAAUCAAACUUGCCUUUGUGGAAAUUACAAUGAUUACCUAGAAGUUAUGGUUGACUCUUCCUUGAGAAAGCAAAAUCUUAAAGAAGGUAUAAUGUUACUUGGUAAAAAUGGAAAUUUUCCCUUUGGGAUUGAGAAAAAAAGGCAGUGGCUGUAUCAAUGCUGCACAGAAUUUGGAUUCUUUCAGACCAUGGAUUUAAAGAAUAAACACAACUCUAAUUUGCCACUCAGAUAUUUUAUCAAGCAGUGUUCAGAUGUCUUUGGCCUUGACUUCAAAGUCAAUUCACUGGCUCGAGCUGUUUCUUACACCAAUGAAUAUUAUGGAGGCUUCAAUGUAAAUGGAAGCAAAAUCAUACUUCCCAAUGGUUCCACGGAUCCUUGGCAUGUUCUGGGAAUCACAAAGAAAAUCCAUAAAAAAUUCCGUGCUGUCUUCAUUAAAGGUGGAACACACAUGGCAGACAUGUUUGUACAAACUGAUUUUGAUUCAACUGAACUACUUCAAGCACGAGAAAAGAUUUUUCAGAUCCUGAAAAAAUGGCUAAAAUUAUAA